GACGCGGCGAGGCGGAAGCCGGAAGCGCGGUGCGCCGGUGCGGCCCGGGGCCAUGACCGAGUACAAGCUGGUGGUGGUGGGCGCGGGCGGCGUGGGCAAGAGCGCGCUCACCAUCCAGCUCAUCCAGAACCACUUCGUGGACGAGUACGACCCCACCAUCGAGGACUCGUACCGGAAGCAGGUGGUGAUCGACGGCGAGACCUGCCUGCUGGACAUCCUGGACACGGCGGGGCAGGAGGAGUACAGCGCCAUGCGCGACCAGUACAUGCGCACGGGCGAGGGCUUCCUCUGCGUCUUCGCCAUCAACAACAGCAAGUCCUUUGCCGACAUCAACCUCUACCGGGAGCAGAUUAAGAGAGUGAAGGACUCGGACGACGUGCCCAUGGUGCUCGUGGGCAACAAGUGCGACCUGCCCACGCGGACGGUGGACACGAGGCAAGCGCAGGAGCUGGCCAAGAGCUACAGCAUCCCCUUCAUAGAGACGUCCGCCAAGACGAGACAGGGCGUGGAGGACGCCUUCUACACGCUGGUGCGAGAGAUCCGCCAGUACCGGAUGAAAAAGCUCAACAGCAGCGAGGACGGGAAUCAGGGCUGCAUGGGAGUGUCGUGCAUCAUGAUGUGACAAGCCACUGGGAAGACCUGGUUCAGAUGUAGCUGGAGGAUAAACCCUGAUGCUGAUGCAUCACAUCUCAUAGCAGCAUCUCCAACACCCAGUGCCAGCUGACCAGGGCCAAGGCUUGCUCCAUGCCCCCUGGAGAGAGAAAGACCGACUUCUACCUCCGUGUUGGGCUGACUGCCAGAGAAGGUCCCACCGGGGCUGUUCUGGGGUUUCUUCCUGUGUUCUAGGUUGGUUCAAACAGAAAACUGGUCCCAAGAGCAGUGAACUUCCGAGACCAAACGCUGUGAAAACGAUGACGCUGUUUUACCUCUCGAGUCCGAGUUGGAAGCGACGUUUGCUCCCGUGGUGCCGGGCUCCGAGACGUGGUGCUGAUGGCUACCUGGCCGGGAACUGCAGCGUGGCUCUGGCGUUGCCACUGCCUCCCUGCUUCCCCCUCAGCAGUGCCUGCUUUCGGUCUGCCUCGCAGCACAGACUCUAGCACACCCCUUGCACCAGUUGUGCCAUUUUCCCCAGUUCGUUCUUUUUUGUUAAUAAAAAGGAAACAUGUUUGCUAA